ACCUAACCAAUAACCCUGAAGCCCCAGAAGUAGUAGAGUCCAGAGUCUUCGAUAUACGAGACAAGCAACAAGCUACAUGAAAAGAAGAAUUAUGUCCUUCAACCCUCAUUUCAAUUCUACUACUACGACUUUGGUUCUGUUGAGCUUCCUGACAUUUAUUGGAGUGUCUUACGCUCAAGACGUUAGUGGGUCCUAUGAAGACAGCCCUUCUAACAGCUUAGAUACGCCAGAGAACGAACAGUUAGAUAAACCCGCAUCAUAUGUUUAUAGUUUAGGCGUUGAACAAACAGAUGCAUACCCUUUUGAGUCCACAGAAAUGGACGUGCGGCCAGAAGAGGAGUUGGUUACAGACAAGUUCAAGCGUUACCCACAGAAGUUUGGUUUUGGUAUUGGUAAAAGAUCUGAUAGCCGUUUUGCUUUUGGCUUAGGUAAACGACCUGACAGCCGAUUUGCUUUUGGUUUAGGUAAACGACCUGACAACCGAUUUGCUUUUGGUUUAGGUAAACGACCUGACAACCGAUUCGCUUUUGGCUUAGGUAAAAGACCUGACAGCCGAUUUGCGUUUGGUUUAGGUAAAAGACCUGAUAGUCGUUUCGCUUUUGGUCUUGGCAAAAGACCUGACAAUCGGUUUGCCUUUGGUUUAGGGAAAAGGGAUGUCCUUGAUGAAGAAGAUGCUAUCACUGCACUGAAUAAACUUAAAAGACAAGGUCGUCAACUCAGUUUCGGAUUAGGCAAAAGAUCAGACAGUCGUUUCGCAUUUGGUUUAGGAAAAAGAAUACCACUGAAUGCCCAAUCUUUUGACGAUCAAUCACUUGAUGAAAACAAGCGAAAUUCCCAUCAAUUUAGCUUCGGUUUGGGAAAACGACCAGAUAAUCGUUUCGCCUUUGGUUUGGGCAAAAAAUCCUCUUCGAGUGAUUCUAAUGCUAAUGACGAUUCAGUUUUUCUGGAAGAUAAGCGACAUUCUCAUCAAUUUAGCUUCGGCUUGGGAAAGCGACCAGAUAGUCGUUUUGCCUUUGGCUUGGGCAAGAAGUCCUCACUGAAUGACCCUAGUGCUGAUAUUUCACAGGUUGAGGAAGAGAAGCGACAUUCUCAUCAAUUCAGUUUUGGUCUAGGAAAGCGGUCAGAUAGUCGUUUCGCCUUUGGCUUGGGAAAAAAAUCUUCAGUGAAUAACCCCACUUCUGAAGAAUCACCCUUUGAUGAAGAGGAGCAACCUUCUCACCAAUUCAGUUUUGGCUUAGGAAAGCGACCAGAUAAUCGUUUCGCCUUUGGCUUGGGCAAAAAAUCACAAACCGAUAACCAAUCAAAACCUGAAAUCACAACAGAGAGGAUUAAAAGGCACGUUCACCAAUUCAGCUUUGGCCUUGGAAAGAGACCAGAUAAUCGAUUUGCUUUUGGACUUGGAAAAAGGGAUUUCUCAAAUCGCUUCGGUUACGCUUUUGGGUUGGGAAAAAGAACUCCAGUCUUCCUUGAAUCGGGCGCCUUUCCUGAACUAGAAGAGUUCAUGAAACGACGAUACCAUUUUGGAUUAGGCAAGAGAAACGUCGAAUCCUCAGAAGACGAUACAGAAAACGAAAAGCGCACAUCAAAUACUCAUUUUCAUUCGGCUUAGGAAGGAGAGCUUUGUUAAUCAAUAAUGCAGAAAAAAUGAAAUAAAAUAUAAAAAUUAAGCGUUUCAGAUAGGGUAGAAAUGUGUAUUAAAAUAACCCGGCUACAUAAAUAUAUAUAUAUAUAUAUGUUAAUUGUAUAUCGAAUAUCAUUAAAGAGUAUUCAACUUGAA